AUGGUCUCCGGCGCCGGACCCUCCGGCGGGGCAGCCCACUCCGCGUCCACCGGUGUUGGGGGCGGCUCCCCCUCCGACAGGGGCGGCGCCGCGCCCUCGGCCUCGGCGUCGGUCUCUACGCCAGCCAGCGAGAGCACCGUCGCCCGCCGCCUCAACGGACUUGACCUCCAGAGCGACGACGCGCCAUCGUCGCAGCCAGCCGCGAGCAAGAAGAAAAAGAGAGGGGCACGUGCAGUUGGUCCUGACAAAAAUGGCCGUGGAUUGCGCCAAUUUAGCAUGAGAGUCUGUGAGAAAGUCGAAAGCAAAGGGAGAACAACCUACAAUGAGGUGGCAGAUGAACUGGUUGCUGAGUUUUCAGAUCCCAAUAUUAAUAUUGACUCUCCAGAUCCUGAUAAUCCCUCCGCGCAACAAUAUGAUGAGAAAAAUAUUCGAAGAAGAGUUUAUGAUGCGCUGAAUGUCCUAAUGGCUAUGGAAAUUAUAUCUAAAGAUAAAAAGGAAAUACAGUGGAGAGGCUUGCCCAAGACAAGUAUGAACGAUAUUGAAGAAUUGAAGACAGAGGUGAUUGGACUGGAAGGUAGGAUUGACAAGAAAACUGCAUAUCUGCAGGAUUUACAAGAUCAAUAUGCAUGUCUCCAAAACUUGGUUCGACGGAAUGAGCAGCUAUAUGGGUCGGGAGAUGCACCCUCCGGUGGAGUGGCCUUGCCAUUUAUACUAGUUAAGACACGUCCUCAUGCAACUGUAGAAGUGGAGAUAUCAGAAGAUAUGCAGCUUGUGCAUUUUGACUUCAAUAGCACUCCUUUUGAGUUGCAGGAUGAUACCUUUGUACUGAAGGCAAUGGGAUUAUCUGGCAAAGAAGAAAAUGAUUGUACACAAGCUCCUGUUGUGAAUGGAGGUGGUGGUGAAGAUGUUAGUCAAGGCAGUGGGCAGCAGGGUAGAGGUCGAGGCAGCCAAAAAGCUCAACCUAGAAGAGGCAGUGGCAGUGGUGCUAGUCGUGGCAGUGCUGGCCAUGGUGUUGGUGCGACUGGACAUGGAGAAGGACCUGUCGAUGAUGGAGGAAGAGAAGGGAAGAUCAUACGUGCAGUUGUAGGGGCUACACCCUCAGAGAUACCUAGCAGCAGCAGGCCUUCCUCUUCCCACCACAGAUCCAGGGGGAGCAAGCUCAAGGAGUUGCUCAAGAACAUAUUUUGCAUGUGUCAAUAUGCUGUGGAUGCCGCUUAUGAGGGAAGGAAGGACAUCAUUGACAUGAAGAGGCAUCUGGGACUUGAGGUUAGAGAGAUUCUGCCUCCACCAGUGUUUCCACCCUAUGAGGAUAGUAGUGAGGAUGAUGAAGAGAUGGAGUAUCCUCAUGAUCAGAAGAUGUUUGGUGAGAGGAUGAACAUCCUCAGACGUGAGAGAGGACAGUCCAGGCCACAGAGGUUCACAGCUACUACACACAGGGCUGGUAGGGCUAUUGUGACUGACAGUGACGAGGAGUCUGGUGAGAGGACUUUUUCCGACAGCAGGCAGUAG